AUGCCUCCCACCGAGCUGCGAACGCUCCGAGCCUUCUCCAAACCCAUUUCCGGCCCCCCGACGUCGCCAGCGAGCCCGAUUCGUCGCUUUCGAGGCCUGAGGUCGUCGGGAACGAAUCGUGUCGGGCAGAUUGCGCCCGGUGUGGCCGGGAAGAGUGGACCUCAAGGGUUGAUGAAGAGAUAUCAUCGACAACAACAGUUCCUGCAAUGGAAUGGUGUGCGAGGCAAGACCACAUGGCACUAUGGCCGUCAACGUGAGCCACAGACGGCCGAUUCGUCGAGAGUGGUGGUCGCGGUGUUGGGAGCUUCGGCAGUGGCUGCUUUGGCUGCUCCACUUGUCUCGUGGGUGAAUAAUGAUGGAGACACAGAUGUCGAUGUGCAAAGUGAGCGUGAGCAUGUCGCCAACGCCAGUCCUCGUGGAGCUGAUCACGACAAGCUGCGACUGUCAGAAGUGGUCAAGCACGACAAAGACUCGCCAACCAAGUGGGUCAUUGCCGCAUCUUCCGUCUACGACAUCACUGACUUUAUUGACUCUCAUCCUGGAGGGCAAGUGAUUCUGCGUGCUUGUGGCCGGUCCAUCGACCCUUACUGGGAACUCUUCAGCAUUCAUCAAAAGCCCCAAGUGAAGCAGAUCCUCGAUACAUAUCACAUUGGCGAGAUUGAUGGGCGUGAUCUCGAUGCCGAUGGAAACGUCAACUGGACCCUUCUCGGAAACAGCAUCGACGCUUCAGCAGUCGACGACAUCUUCAAAGAUGACCCAGACCGUGAUCCUGAGCUCAUUGUGCACACUGCGAAACCUUGCAAUGCCGAGACUCCAGCCACAUUUCUAGGCCACUUCAUCACGCCUCUUCGCCUGUUCUUUGUCCGACAUCAUCUCUGGGUUCCGAACAUUGAUGCUAAACAUCACAAGCUGAACAUCGAAUUGUCCAAUGGCGAGGAGAAAGAGUACUCCAUCGAUGACUUGAAACAAAACUUCCACGAGCAUACCGUCACAGUCACCCUGCAAUGUGCUGGCAAUCGAAGGAAGCACAUGAACGAGUCUGGAAAUGGCAAGACUUCCGGACUUGCUUGGGACGUAGGCGCAAUCAGCACUGCAGAAUUCACUGGUGUCCGUCUUCGUGAUGUUUUGCUCGACGCUGGCUACCAUGUCGACCAGGCUCGAGGAGCUUGCUGCCAGGACCCAGAAGCCGACCGUUAUAUCCACUUGACCGCUCCAGCUGACACAUAUGAGCAGUCCAUACCUCUGAAAACAGCACUGGAUGCAACUUCGGAUGUACUGUUGGCAUGGAAGAUGAAUGGCGAAGAGAUGCCACGAGAUCAUGGUGGCCCACUAAGAGCAAUCGUACCGGGGUCUGUUGCUACGAGAAGUGUUAAAUGGGUAGGAAAGAUCUCGAUCGGCUGUGAAGAGUCGAGCUCGAAUUGGCACAACCGGGACUAUAAGUGCUUUGGUCCCGAUGUCAAGGCUCCCUCACAGCUCAAACCUGAGGAUUGGGAUGCAGCGCAGAGCAUCCAGGAAAUGCCAGUCCAGAGUGCAAUUACCAAGAUCGCGCGCCGUAGCGAUGAAGCUGAAUCACCAGUCUCUGUGAGCGGGUUUGCGUACAGCGGAGGUGGCAGGCGCAUUGUUCGAGUCGAUGUUUCUGCAGACGGCGGUAAGACUUGGAAGCAGGCAAAGUUCUGCGACGACGAUGCAAAGGGCUCGAAGAGAUGGACGUGGACGCUCUGGCAGUUUGAGUGGAAUCCCGAGCAGCUUCCCAAGGACCAGAAGCCAGAAUUUGUGGUACGAGCGGUGGACGAGAGCUACAACACACAGCCUCCAACCUUCGACGGAACCUGGAACUUCCGCGGUCUGCUUGGCAAUGCAUGGCAUCGAGUCCCAUUGCCCAACUGA